AUGGCGCCGCGCUCGUCCGCCUGCCGCCGCGUGCUGGCCGUGCCGCGCGCCCUCGUCUCGCAGAACAAGCGGCGCUUCCAGCAGGACGGCUUCGACCUGGACCUGGGCUACGUGCACCCGCGCGUCAUCGUCAUGGGUUACCCAGCUGUAGGGGUCGAGUUCCUGUUCCGUAAUCCGAGGUCGGAGGUGCAGCAGUUCCUGGACGAACGACACGGAGGCGGCUACUUUGUCUUCAACUUCUGCGACGAGCCCAGUCGAUGUUACUCGCCAGAUAUUUUUGAGGGUCGAGUCAAGAGCUUCCCAAUUGAAGACCACAACGUCCCAACGUUCCAGAUGAUGUUUCUGUCUCGUAGAACCGAGUUUUGUGAAGAAGCAGCGGCGUGGCUUGAUGCCAACGAGAAACAUGUCGUGGCGCUGCACUGCAAGGCUGGAAAGGGACGAGCUGGUAUGAUGGCGUGUAUUCUGCUCUUGCGCAUGGGCUACGCUGCAUCCGCGACCGACGCGAUAGAUCGGUACAAUCGUGAGCGCGUACACGACCGGCGCGGUCUAACCGUCGUGAGCCAAAAGAAGUGGGUCAACUACUAUGCUGGUCUUCGUGCACAGUCAUCUUCUGGACCUGGAAACUCCAUUGAUGAGCCAACCUUCGCACUUCAGAAGCUGACUCUACGGAAUACACUGACCGCAGCGAAAUUACCCAAGUUACGACUGCGAGUCUAUACACUGGGCGCUAGCGGGUCUCCGAAAGCACUGCUCCAUCAAGAGAUCGGCUUCAACAACUUCGAGUUAGACGAGGAGAUCCGUGGAUGCGUCAUGAUCGAGUUCUACCGUGAACGAGUCAACGGGUGUAUGCGACGCAAGCACUUCAAGAUCUGGUUCAACACCUACUUCCUCAAUCCUGAUCAAGAUACUGGAAGGGUCAUCUUCUCUCGCUCUGACAUGGACUGGGUGGCCCGAGACAGCAAGUACAGGCGACUUCCAGCCGCAUUCGAGAUGGAGAUGACCGUUACCCGCUCGGACCAAAUGUAG